AUGGAUAAGCCAAGAAUCAAAACCACUGACCUGGUGAAUUCGUUCCCGGAAUACACAGAUCCCUUUGAGCCCUCCAGUGCUAGCAUCAUGGCUUCACCAAUUAGCAGCACAGCCCAAAAGGCUCUGGGCAUAAAUGGCGACGAUCCAAGGCAUCCGUCACCUCAGCCCACACACUUCGCCGUGUCAAAACUCAAGGGAAAUGGCAACCGCACCCUGAGGUCGGCCACGGUGGGCUACAUUGCCCCGGAGUUCAAGGGCAAGGCCGAGCAGAUGCUAGAGGUCAAGAAGGAGAUCCAAGAGAAUGGCUGGAUCCCGGACAAGGUCAUCGACGAGCAGGUGGCUUGGUUCUAUAACGAGCUUGGCAUCGACGAUGUCUACUUUCAGCUCGAGAGGCCGGCCGUCAUCGCCAACCACAUCACCUCCCUCUACGCUGCCAAGGUUGCAGCCUUCUCCCGUGAAGACAAGCGGGAGGAGAUCAGGUUAGAUAUGGAGGCCUCUGACCACGCCAUCUACAUCGACACCAGCGAGCCGGGGCGUAGCGCAAUCGAGGGCCCGCGCUACGAGACUCGUCUUGAGGCCAAGUAUCUUGACGGCAACGACUCGCAGAGGUUCCGUGUCGAGACCUUCAGGUCACCUGGCGUCCUGGGCCAGAACACCAACGGCGGCGGCGCCAGUCUUCGCUGCUACUUCGUCUACCAGUGCACAUUUGUGGAGCCCAACGCCGACCCUAACGAGACUCGUCUUGAGGUCAUUAGCGACCGCAUGUUCCUCGCCAAGGCCACCAAGAACACCCUUCAGAUCUACCAGGAGAUCAUUGAGCUGGCCGUCAACCGAACUGGCCCGGUCAUCGAGGUGUUCGACAUCGAGGACUCGCCAGAGAAGCGUCUUGUGGUUGCUUUCAGGUCCCGCACUGCCAGGGGCAUGUUCAGCGCCAUCAGUGAUUUGUACCACUACUACGGCGUCACCAGCUCCCGCAAGUAUGUUGAGCAGUUCUCCAACGGCAUCACAGUCAUGUCCAUCUACCUGCGCCCGGCCUCCAACCUGGACGGCAAGUACCCUCCUAUUGAGGAGUCCAUUCACCAGAUCACCAAGGAGACAUCGCUGCUAUACUGCAUUCCCCUCAACAAGCUUCACCACCUCUUCGCUACUGGUGAGCUGAGCCUCCAGGAGGCCAUCUACGGCCACUGCGCCUGGGUCUUUGUUCAGCAUUUCCUCAACCGCCUGGGUUCCGAGUAUGCCACUCUCUCAGAUGCCCUCGACCCCAAGAACAACGUGCACGCCGAACUUCUCUCCAAGCUGAAGAGGCGACUGCGUACUGAGACUUUCACUCCCGACUACAUCUUGGAGAUCAUUGGGUCGUACCCGGGUCUUGUUCGUCUUUUGUACGCUGCAUUCGCCAGCGUCCACCUUAACACGGAUGCCAAGGAGAAGGGCACAAUCACGCCUACGCCUGGUGUCGAGGUCCUGUCUGACGAAGGCCUCAAGGAGCGCAUCACCAGAGAGGUCUCCAACGAGCACGAGGAGAUGGUCAUGACUGCCUUCCGCGUCUUCAACAGCGCCAUCCUCAAGACCAACUACUUCACCCCCACCAAAGUCGCUCUGAGCUUCCGUCUGGAUGCCUCGUUCCUGCCCGAGAUCGAGUACCCCACGCCACUUUACGGCAUGUUCCUCGUCAUCACAUCCGAGUCGCGUGGUUUCCACCUCCGCUUCAAGGACGUCGCUCGUGGUGGUAUUCGUAUCGUCAAGUCCCGCAGCAAGGAAGCCUACUCCAUCAACGCUCGCAACCUCUUCGAUGAGAACUACGGACUGGCCAGCACGCAGCAGCGCAAGAACAAGGACAUCCCCGAGGGCGGCUCCAAGGGUGUCAUCCUGCUUGACGCAAAGCAGCAAGACAAGGCACGCGAGGCCUUUGAGAAGUACAUUGACAGUAUCCUUGACCUUCUCCUGCCCGCCGAGACCCCCGGUAUCAAGAACCCGAUUGUGGACCUGUACGGCAAGCCUGAAAUUCUGUUCAUGGGCCCCGAUGAGAACACUGCCGACCUUGUCGACUGGGCAACCGAGCAUGCUCGCUCCCGCAACGCCCCUUGGUGGAAGUCUUUCUUCACCGGCAAGUCACCCAAGCUUGGUGGUAUUCCUCACGAUACGUACGGAAUGACGACGUUGUCGGUUCGGGAGUACGUCAAGGGCAUCUACCGCAAGCUUAACCUCGACCCCUCCAAGGUCAGGAAGAUGCAGACUGGUGGGCCCGAUGGAGACCUGGGCAGCAACGAGAUCCUACUCAGCAAUGAAAUGUACACAUCCAUCGUCGACGGCUCGGGUGUUCUCUGCGACCCCAACGGAAUCGACAUUGACGAGCUCCGCAGGCUUGCCAAGCAGCGUGUCAUGAUCUCUCACUUUGACAUGAGCAAGCUCAGCAAGGACGGUUACCGUGUGCUGUGCGAGGACGUCAACGUGACUCUGCCCAACGGUCAGGUAGUCGCCAACGGCACCGCCUUCCGUAAUACCUACCACCUCCUGGACACUGGCCUCACGGACAUGUUUGUGCCGUGCGGUGGCCGUCCCGAGUCCAUUGACCUCGUCUCUGUUUCCAAGAUCAUCAAGGAUGGCAGGUCAACCAUCCCUUACAUCGUCGAGGGUGCCAACUUGUUCUGCAGUGAGCCCUCACGCAUGCGUCUCGAGAAUGCGGGCUGCGUCUUCAUCAAGGAUGCUUCUGCGAACAAGGGUGGCGUAACCAGCUCAUCGCUCGAGGUUUUGGCGAGUCUUGCGUUCGAUGACGAAGGUUUCGUUGAGCAUAUGUGCGUUGAUGCCGCUGGCAACGCUCCUGAAUUCUACAAGGCAUAUGUGAAGCAAGUUCAAGAAACUAUUCAACGUAACGCCUACUUGGAGUUCGAAGCCAUCUGGCGCGAGAAUGCCGAGACUGGCGUGCCCAGGCCAGUGUUGUCCGACAAGCUAUCUGUAGCCAUUACCACACUUGAUGCAGAACUGCAACACAGCGAACUGUGGGAGAACGAGAAGAUCCGGGUCUCGGUUCUCAAGGACGCCCUGCCAAACCUGUUGCUCGAGAAGAUUGGCCUCGAGAACAUAAUUGCGCGUGUCCCUGACAACUACCUCCGGGCCAUCUUCGGAUCCUAUCUUGCCAGUCGUUUCGUCUACACGUAUGGUACUACCUCGAACUCGUUCUCUUUCUAUAACUUCAUGACUGCAAAAAUGGCCCAGAUCCAGUAG